GGCAUAGUACGCCCAACCAGUGCACUGCUUGAUUCAGGCGCUAACAGAAUCUUCAUAGAUCAGGUCUGGGCGGAGGAAAUUGGACACCCUCUUGUAAGAUUAAAUGUAUCUAUUCUCGUCUAUAACAUUGACAUUACACUUAAUGUGGGUGGCUGCAUUAUGCACAAAUGUUCUUUUGUUGAUGAAUACCAAGGACACAGAGAACAAGUCACCGCUGAAGCUACCCAACUAGGGAAGAUUAAUUUAAUUUUAGGCUGGACCUGGUUAUUCAAACACAAUCCUGAGAUCAACUGGCAGACAGGGGUUGCCACAUUGUCA